UCAAACCACACUAAUUGAGCAAGUCCCACGAGAAGCUGCAGCAAGAGAGCAGCUAACCAUUGACAAGCAUUCCAUCCAGCCCAGCCAUCCCAAGGCUAUAAUUAACAUGGCAUCAGCCAUUGGCAAGCCUCUCCUCAGCGAUCUGGUGGCACAAUCCGGGCAAGUCCCCCCGAGCCACAUUCGGCCAGUGGGCGACCGCCCGGACCUCGAUAACGUCGACCAUGAGUCCGGCGCCGGCAUUCCGCUCAUCGACCUGAAACAGCUCGACGGCCCUGAUCGCCGCAGGGUUGUCGAGGCCAUCGGAUCGGCUUGCGAAACCGAUGGUUUUUUCAUGGUGAGGAAUCACGGCAUCCCGGAGGAGGUGGUGGAAGGGAUGCUGCGCGUGGCGAGGGAGUUCUUCCACAUGUCGGAGUCGGAGCGGCUCAAGUGCUACUCUGACGACCCCAAGAAGGCGAUCCGGUUGUCGACGAGCUUCAACGUUCGCACCGAGAAGGUGAGCAACUGGCGCGACUUCCUGCGCCUGCAUUGCUACCCCCUCGAGGACUUCAUCGACCAGUGGCCCUCCAAUCCGCACUCCUUCAGGCAGGUGGUCGGCACCUACUCGACGGAGGCGAGGGCGCUGGCGCUGAGGUUGCUCGAGGCGAUAUCCGAGAGCCUCGGGCUGGAAAGGGGCCACAUGGUGUCGGCCAUGGGGCGGCAAGCCCAGCACAUGGCGGUGAACUACUACCCGCCGUGCCCGCAGCCGGAGCUCACCUACGGCCUGCCGGGGCACAAGGACCCCAAUGCCAUCACGCUGCUGCUCCAGGACGGCGUCUCCGGCCUGCAGGUCCAGCGCAAUGGCCGCUGGGUGGCCGUCAACCCCGUGCCCGACGCGCUCGUCAUCAACAUCGGAGAUCAAGUCCAGGCGCUGAGCAACGAUCGGUACAAGAGCGUGCUCCACCGUGUGAUCGUGAACAGCGAGAGCGAGAGGAUCUCCGUGCCGACGUUCUACUGCCCGUCGCCGGACGCGGUGAUCGCGCCGGCGGACGGGCUGGUGGACGACGGCCACCCGCUGGCGUACCGGCCCUUCACAUACCAGGCCUACUACGAUGAGUUCUGGAAUAUGGGCCUCGAGUCGGCCAGCUGCUUAGACCGGUUCCGGCCCGAGAAGCGGCAGGACGACUGAUUCUGGGCCAUAAACAGACCGUGCAAAAAUCUCAUCCAUCAGCCUUUUGUUAUUCUUCGCUUGAUAUGGCGCUGGAAUCGUGAGCGCAGAACACCGUCCAUGAAUUUAAAAUUUGUUAUUCAUAAAUACGAUUGAUCUCUAGUUACUUUUAUCUACUACUAGUAUUUGUGUAAAUAGAAAUAUUCUCUCCGCUUUAUAAUAUAAGACUUUCUAACUUUAUUUAGAAUCAUAUGGAUA